AUGGAAGUGCAAUCUCAGGGACACAGCCCUCCGCGGCGCCUGCGCAGAAUGGCCCCGGGAGCUUGCUCCUCCCUCGCCCCUCCGCGCCGCCGCAGAACCUGGAACAAUGAGCAGCCAGGGCGCCUGCGCGCCAGGAGCGCCGGCCACACCUGCGCAGUGGCUCAGGUCCGUGCGGCACGGGUGGCUCGCGGCGUCAUCAGGCGGCACCCGGGAGCAGGAAAGGACCCUUGCUGCUAUUUUCAGGACCGAGUGGCACGGCUGCAUCACUGCCGGAUGGCAAUCCAGGAUCUCGGCCUCGACAGGCUCAUCAGGCGAAAGAACGUGGAAACCACGGGGACCCAGAGACUCGGCGGGCCCCACCCGGCUUCCCUGCGGGGGAGGCGCUGUGACGAGCCACUGACAGGCGCAACGAAAGGCAGCCUUCUGCUGCUUGGAGCAAAGCAGAGGCGGGGGCUGCCCACGUGGGGACGGGCGCGCCGAGGGCGGUGCUCGAGGCUGCGGGGACCCCUAGCUGAAGCGCGCGGACGGGGGCUCGGGGUGGAACAAGAGUGUCAGGAUGUCGGAGAAGGCUGUCUACCGGGGAGAGGGCGUGCUCCUCUCUUGACCAGAGGGGUCCUAGUCACCAUGGAGGACCCGCUUCUCGAAGAGACCAUGGAGCAGCUGGAUUCAAAAGAGAGGAGUCCCCCCAGUGCAGGAGGCGACAUCCGCCAUCUGGGGGCCCUGCAGUGCACCCGCUGCCUCAUCACCUUCGCCAAUUCCAAGUUCCAGCAGCACCACAUGAAGCGGGAGCACCCAGCCGACUUCGUGGCCCAGAAGCUGCAGGGGGCGCUCUUCAUCUGCUUCACCUGCGCCUGCUCCUUCCUCUCCUCCAAGGCCCUGAGCGCCCACCAGCGCAGCCACAGUCCUGCUACCAGGCCCUCCCUGACGGUUGCACCCACCAUUGCCCAGACCACCUUCCCCUGCCCUGAUUGUGGAAAGACCUUUGGGCAGGCUGCUUCUCUGAGGUGGCACCGCCAGGUGCAUGAAGCUCGCUUCCCUCCUGGCCCGUUUGCCUGCACUGAAUGUGGGCAGGACUUUGCCCAGGAAGCUGGGCUGCAUCAACACUACAUCUGGCGCGCCCGUGGGGACCUCUGAGUGCAGCUUCAGCCCUCCCCAGGGCAAAGGGGGCUCUGUGGUUGGUGGGACCUACCUUUAAUAAUGGGAUGGGCCCUUGGAGGAGUUUGCUGGAAAGGCAAAGGGCUCCUGAUAAAUAGAACCCAGAAUAUGCUCUUUAGAACUUCAGUCCUUGGAGGACAGAAAGGCCUUCGGUGAAAUAACACAAUCGUGAGAUCUUUUGUUAAAAAAUAUAUGUAAGAGGGAAAAUUAUUUUUAUCUCCCUCAUUCCCACUUAAGUAGUUUGAAAUCACAAGCAACUGUAGAUUGUGUAAUCAUCUUUAAUUCUUCCCAAAUGGAUGCCAUGGACCGUAGGAGCAAAUUGCCCUGGCUUUGUGCCUGACUGGGGGCCGGGAAGGUGAGUGUUGCUGGCCUGUGAAGCCACCAGAUGGGUCCCAGACAUGGAGCAGCUCCAGCCUUUGGGGAUGGGCAGCAAAGUUAUGAGCUGUACUGAGUAAUGUGGGGGUGCAGUUCAAAUCUGUCUUCUCCCGACCCUCUCCCAGCCUUUCCCACUCGAGGGGCCAUGGCAUUGGGUGGCUUUGUCCUCCCACCCCAGAUAAUUUAAAUAAUUUUAUGCACCAUUUUGGUCAUGGGAUAUUUUGUAUAUGUUAGGUGACAUGAAUAAACUAACAGAAAUAGUAUCUAAAAACAGAAAAGCUCUACAUUAAGAUAGCUAAACAAGGAACUCUGGUUUUUCAGCAGAAAUCCCCAGAGUACAUAAGAAGGGCAUGAGGAGGGGGAUCUCAGGCCAUAGCCCUAUGAGGAAACUGGUUUGGAAUCAAACAGAGAUACCUUCUGUUUCCUGUUGUAUUUGGCCAACAUUGGGAGAUUUCCCAUUAAGAUCCUAUUUUCAGCUCUUGAAAAGCCCAUCCUCAGCUGAGUGGCCAAUUUAACUCCUUGCAUUACCUGCCCUGCCCCUAGACCAGGGGUGGGCAAACUUUUUGACUCGAGGGCCACAAUGGGUUCUUAAACUGGACGGGAGGGCCGGAACAAAAGCAUGGAUGGAGUGUUUGUGUGAACUAAUAUAAAUUCAAAGUAAACAUCAUUACAUAAGAGGGUACGGUCUUUUUGUUUGUUUGUUUUAUUCAUUUCAAACGGGCUGGAUCAGGCCUGCGGGCCGUAGUUUGCCCACGGCUGCCCUAGACACAAUGGUUGAUGCCCUUUUUACAAUAAUCAUUGACUCAUUUAAAUUGAGGGAUGUUUUUAAAGCCCACAGGUGGGAUGGAUGUGGUAGUGACUAAUAGCUGUCUCCCAAUUUUUAGCUAGGCACAUGAUGGCUACAAAGACCACAUUUCCCAGGUUCUCUUGCAGCUAGCAGUGGCCAUGUGACUAAGUUCUGGCUAAAUUCCUGGGUAGAGUCCUCAAGCUUCAGAAAGGGACAUGCCUUUCUUCCACCUUCUGCCUGGAAUGUGGACAUGGUAUCCAGCCAUUUUGGACCAUGAGAGCAACAGGUGGGAUGGCAGAGCAACUUCAUGCAGCAGUGCCAUCGUAUCAGCCCGAGAACACCCACUUCCCUACUGUUAUAAGAGAGAAAUAAGCCUCUAUCUUGUUUAAGCUGCCAUUAGCUUGGGUCUCUUGUCACAUGCAGCAGAAUGUAUAGCCUAAGGCAGGUGUCUGCAAACUAUGGCCAAAUCCAGCUUACCUCCUGAUUUUGCAAAUAAAGUUUUAUUGGAACACA